AUGUCAGCUAACCCAGGGAAUGCACUGAAAGCAUUAUCACCUACUCCCCCAGAACGUGGCUCUUUCCCGCUGGAUCAUGAUGGCGAAUGUACUAGGCAGAUGCAAGAAUAUUUGAAUUGCCUGAAAAUUGUCAAAGGAGAGAAUGCUCCAAAUUGUAGAUUAUUGGCUAAGAAUUACUUGAAAUGCCGAAUGGAUAACUCUCUGAUGAAUAAAGAUGAAUGGAAACAUUUGGGACUACCUGACGAUGCACCGGCAAGCCAUGGAAAUGCUGCUGACAAAACUUGA